UCUAUCUGCUGCCCUGUGCCCUCCAUCCCUCUGCGAGCAGACCGACACGGACAAGAGGGGGAUAACAACCAAAGGAGGAGCGUUUGGUUGUGGCGAGGAUAUAGGCAGACAGACAGAUCUGCUGUUUGAUGAUGAAGGAAGUCUGAUGUAGAUGCUGAGCCAGAGGAGAGUCCAGGGAGCAGUAGCAGCAGCAGCAGCAGCAGCAGUGGGGCUGUAGAUGCCCUCUCCACAGCUCCGGCUCCAGCCCCCUCCCAGGCCUCUGCAGGAGAGCCAGGACAGAGAGGAGACAGCUCCUGCUCUGACUCCGACAGUCCUGUAGAUUCCAGCUCCUGCGAAGAGGAGGAGGAGGACGAAGAAGAGGAGGAGGAGGACGAAGAGGACCCUGCUAUGUUCUCCUCCAAAUUCCUUAGCGGGGCCAACCCCCUCAAUGCGGUGUCCUCUGCUGUGAAUAAGUUUGGUUUGUUUGGAGAUGACGGGGAGGGGGAUAAGAAUAAGAAAGCACCUCCCCAGCCGGGGGGGAAGCCGCCUGGAGAACAGCAGCCAGGAGUGGGCCCUCAACAGCAACAGGGACCCCAAAAAUCAGGCCAGGGCCCCCCUAUGCAAAAGGGCCAGCCUCUCCCAAAACAAGGAUCGCCACAGCUGCAUGGGAAUGGACAGGCUGGACCCCCAAACAAGGCCGGCGGGCAACAAGUUGCUCCGAAGGCGGGGACACAGCCUGAAGGCCAGCUUAAAGGAGAGCAGCAAAAAAAUCAACCCAAGGGCCCGCCACAGCAAGGUUCACCUAAGCCUGGAGCUCAACAACAGACUGUGACUAAGAGUGGAGCUCAACCAGGAUCUCCAAAGGUAUCAUCACAACAACAGGUUCCACCUAAGACAGGGAUGCAACAACAAGGGCCUGCUAAGACUGGCGCACAGCAGCAACAACCUGCAAAGACUGGGGUGCAAGAGUCCACAAAGGCUGGCUCACAGCAAGGGUCUCCUAAAGUAGGACAACAACAGCAGGGGUCACCAAGAAUCGGACAACAACAACAGCAGGGGUCACCAAGAAUUGGACAACAACAACCACAGGGCUCACCUAAACUUUCACAGCAACAGCAGCAGCAGGGUUCCCCUAAAGUUGCACAGCAACAGCAGGGUUCCCCUAAAGUUGCACAGCAACAACAGGGCUCAUCUAAGGUGGGACAACAACAGCAAGGCUUCAGGACUACACCCCAGCAGCAGUCCUCCGUUAAGCCUGGGCCUCAGGGCCCUAAGGGUCCUGGUACACCAGGGUCUUCAUCACCGGGACCAACCAAAGCCGGAUCUCAGUCAAAAACAGUAGCGAAGUCCCUUUGCCCGGUGUGUAACAUAACAGAACUUAAUAUGCACACCAAGGCACCACCGAACCAUAAAACCUGCACACAGUGUAAAAGUGAAGUGUGCAGCUUGUGUGGCUUCAGCCCUCCAGACUCUGACGGACGUGAGUGGCUUUGUCUUACCUGCCAGAUACAAAGAGCUCAAGGAGCUUCUGAACCACCGGGACCUUCUAUGAAAAAGCCCACCACGCCCAGCAAAGUUUCGGCUGCUCCAAACCAGACGCCAUCUCCUGCUGCACCUUUCAAAAAAGAGACGUCAGCACCAGGUUCACCUCAGAAAAUGCAGUCAGCAUCGGCAAAAGUGCCAGCCAAGGGUGAAGCUGCUAAAGGACCAGAAAGUCAAAAACAGGCCGCCCCAGCUUCUGUUCAGAAAAUGACACCUGAGACCCAGAGGGCAUCAGGGGCUCAAAAACCAGACCAGACUAGUCAAACCGGACGCAAGCAAAGCAGCGCCCAGCAGGAGUCGGGAGGUUUGUUUGGCUUUGGUGGGGCUAAAACCGAAGCCGCGAAGCCCGAAGGGUCAGUGACUGGGAAGAUGUUUGGUUUUGGUUCCUCCAUUUUCAGUUCUGCAUCUACGUUGAUAGCCUCGGCUGUUCAGGAUGAACCUAAAACCACACCGCCAGUUUCUCCCAAAAUGCCGUCCAAACCAGCUGCUGUCCAGAAGUCAGUGCAAGAAAAGAAAGAUCAACCCCAGCAGGGAAAGGCUAAUCCAGCAGGACAGGUCAAAGUGGACAAAGCUCCAUCAGAGACAGCAGCCUCCCACAAUGUCCAUAAAGGAGGUCAAUCCACUUGUCCGCUCUGUAAGGUAGUGCUCAAUAUGGGCUCCAAGGAUCCUCCCAACUACAACACCUGCACUGAAUGCAAAAGCACCGUCUGCAACCAAUGUGGAUUUAAGCCCAUGCCAAACGUCAAUGAGGGAAAGGAGUGGCUUUGUCUAAACUGCCAGGUGAAACGAGCUGCCGGCGGAAUCGAACCUCAGAAAGAAAAUCCCUCAUUUAAAAAAACUACUCCAGCGCAGCCUGCACUACAAAAGACUUCUGCACCAGGCUCUCCUCAGAGGAAAGUAUCGACACCUGCAGCACCACCAGCCAAGGCUGAAGCUGCUAAAGGACCAGACAGUCAUAAAGAGGCCAGCGCAGCUCCUGGUCAGAAAACACCUCAGGAGAGUCGGAAGACAGCUCCUCAGAAACAACCGGACCAGACGAGCCAAACUGCACAAAAGCAGGGGAAUGCCGCCGCUGCCGCAGCUCCACAGCAAGAGUCAGGAGGGUUCUUUGGUUUUGGAGGUCCUAAGAGUCAGCCCGAUGCCGCAAAGCCCGCUGUGGCUGGGAAGAUGUUUGGUUUUGGAUCUUCCAUCUUCAGUUCAGCAUCAACUUUGAUAACCUCAGCUGUUCAAGACGAGCCCAAAAAUACCCCACCAGUUUCUCCCAAAAUGCCUGCUGCAAAGGACUCCAAAUCCCCCGCUGCCAAGAAACCAGAACAGGAGAAGAAAGCAGAACAACCCCAGCAGGCCAAGAGUUCUCCAUUAGUACAGCCGAAAGCGGCCAAACCUCCAUCAGAGCCGCCAAAGAAAGCAUCGGCUUCCCCAGGUGUUUCCAGAGCAGGCCCGUCUACCUGUCCUCUCUGUAAACUGGAACUCAACGUGGGCUCUAAAGAUCCUCCCAACUACAACACCUGUACAGAGUGCAAAAACACUGUCUGUAACCAAUGUGGAUUUAAUCCCAUGCCAAAUGUUAAAGAGGAGACGGAGUGGUUGUGUCUCAACUGCCAGAUGCAGAGAGCACUCGGAGCCUCUGAGCCUCCAGGAACUCCCAUGAUGAAACUACAGGCCUCACCGAAUAAAGUCCCUGCUCCUGUCAAUGCCAUAAAUAAGGAAACGCCCCCACUAGAUAAACCUCAGAAGAAAGACAUUCAAACACCUGCGGAAUCUAAACUAAAGGAGACUGCACCGGGCUCCCCUCAGAGGAAACCAACAACACAAGCAGAGCAGCCAGCAAAGGCUGAAGUCGUGAAAGGACCAGAAAGUCAGAAACCGGUCAGCCCAGCUCCUAGUCAGAAAACUCCACAGGAGGGCCGAAAGACGGGUCCUCAGAAACCACCAGACCAGACAGGUCAAGCUGGACGUAAGCAGAGUAAUACUACCUCAACUACACAAGAGGAAUCCGGAGGGUUGUUUGGAUUCGGCAGUCCUAAACCUCAACCUGAUGUUGCAAAGCCCGCUGAAUCACUGGGUGGAAAAAUGUUUGGCUUUGGUUCCUCCAUCUUUAGCUCUGCAUCCACUUUAAUAAACACAUCACCACCGGUUUCUCCCAAGAUGCCUGCUGCGAAGGCACCCAAAUCACCUCUUGCUCAGAAACGAGAGCAAGAGAAGAAAGUAGAGCCCAAGACCUCUCCAUCGCCACAAGCCAGAGUAGAAAAAGCUCCAUCAGAGCCUCCAAAGGUUGCAGCUGCUUCCCCAGCUGUUCGCACGGCAGGCCAGUCUACCUGUCCGCUCUGUAAAGUGGGACUCAACUGUGGCUCCAAGGAACCUCCCAACUACAACACCUGCACUGAAUGCAAGAACACCGUCUGUAACCAGUGUGGAUUUAACCCAAUGCCAAAUGUAUCCGAGGUAAAAGAAUGGUUAUGCCUGAACUGUCAGAUGCAGAGAGCUCUUAGUGCAUCUGAACCUCCUAUGAAACCUCACAGUGCAGCUAACAAAACGUCUCCAGCUGCUGUGCAUCAGAAGAUAACCGCUCCCAACCAAGUGGAAACUCUAAAGAAGGAGGUAUCGAAAUCUGAUGCACCUUCAAAGAUGGAGACUCCAGUGACUGAUGCACUUCAAAAGAAGGGCGGCCCCACACCAGGUUCUCCUCAGAAGACACAGGCUGCAGCAGCAACACAGCCAACUAAGGCUGCUAAAGGACCAGAACGUGACUCACAGGCUAGCCCGACUCCUGGUCAGAAAACUCCUCUGGAUGUCCGGUCAGGUUCCCAGAAAGCAACUGACCAGGCAAGUCAACCUGGACUAAAACAGAGUAAGGUCACCCCAGACACAAAGCAGGACUCAGGAAACCUCUUUGGCUCGAGUGGUCCUAAACCAGGGCCUGAUGCUUCAAAAACAACAGAGUCCGUAACUGGGAAGAUGUUUGGCUUUGGCUCCUCCAUUUUCAGCUCGGCAUCGACUUUGAUAACAUCAGCUGUCCAGGAUGAAUCUCGUACUACACCGCCAGGCUCUCGUAAGAUGUCUGCACCAGUGCAAGUCUCUCCCAGGAUUUCUCCAAAAGGCACACCGGCAGUUUCUCCCAAAAUGUCGCCAGCAAGAGAGCCCAAAACGCUUGUUCAGAAAAAAACAGAGCAGGAGAAGAAACCAGAAGAAUCUCACCAGGUCAAAGAGGCCAAAGCUCCAUUACAGCCACCAAAGGCAGCAAUGGUCCCCCAAACAUCUCCUAAUGCAAGCCAGGCCGCCUGUCCACUGUGUAAGAUCGAGCUUAACAUCGGCUCCAAGGACCUUCCAAACUACAACACCUGUACUGAGUGCAAGACCACCGUCUGUAACCUAUGUGGAUUCAACCCAAUGCCUAUGGGAGAGGUGAAUGAGUGGCUUUGUCUCAACUGUCAGAUGAAAAGAGCAGUUGCAGCCUCUGAGUCCUCAGGGCCUCCCACAUUGAAGUCCCAAACAUCACCCAGUAAAUUUCCUUCACCCGCUGCCAUCCAGUUGAAGGAUUCUUCCAAACCAACCACACCUCAAAAGAAGGACAGUCCAGGCCUUGACGUUCAAAAGAAGGAGACCUCAGAACCAGUCUCACCACAGAGAAAACCGUCUACGCCAGCAGUGCAGCCAGGUAAACCUGAAGCUGCUACUGCACCUAUGAAACAGGCCAGCCCAGCACCUGAUCGUAAAACACCACAAGAGAGACAGAAGACAGCAGAUCAGGCAGGCCAACCUGGAGGUAAGCAGCCUGAUGCUGUAAAACCUGCAGAGACAAAUAGGCAAGCUGAACGUAAGCAGAGUAACGCCGCAGCAGCGACACAGCAACAGUCAGGAGGCUUCUUUGGUUUCGGCGGUGGUAAAACUCAACCCGAUGCUGCAAAGCCGGCAGAGUCAGCGACUGGGAAAAUGUUUGGCUUUGGCUCUUCCAUCUUCAGUUCUGCGUCCACUUUGAUAACCUCAGCUGCUCAGGACCAGCUCAAGACCACUCCACCAGUUUCUCCUAAGAUGUCUCCGGCAAAGUCCCCGAGUGCCCAGAGGUUGGAGCAGCAGAAGAAAACAGAGCCACCCCAGCAGACCAAGACACCUCCAGCAGGACAGGCCAAAGUGGACAAAGCUCCAUCAGAGCCUCCGAAGGCUGCAGCAGCCUCCCAAGUAGCUGUCAAACCAGGCCAGUCUAACUGUCCACUCUGUAAGGUGGAACUCAACGUGGGCUCCAAGGAUCCGGCCAACUACAACACCUGCACUGAAUGCAAGAACACCGUCUGCAACCAGUGUGGAUUCAACCCAAUGCCAAGUGAAACAGCGGUGAAGGAGUGGCUGUGUCUCACCUGCCAGAUGCAGCGGGCUCUAGGACCAACACAGCCCAAAGGAGUUGCUUCUGUCAACUCUCAGAUAUCUGCAAAACCCCAAAAUAAAGACGUCAUCGGCCCAGCCGAACCUGAGAAGAAAGACUCACCUCAGAGGAAACUGUCUGUAACAGCACAGCCAGCUACAGCCGAGGCUGCUCACAAGCCAGACGGUCAGAAACAGCUCAGCCCAGUUCCUUCUCAGAAGAGACCACAGGAGCCCCAGAAAACACCAAGUCCGAAUAAAUCACCAGACCAGACCAGGCAGGCUGAACGUAAGCUGAGUAACGCUGCAGCAGCGACACAGCAACAGUCAGGAGGCUUCUUUGGUUUCGGCGGUGGUAAAACUCAACCCGAUGCUGCAAAGCCGGCAGAGUCAGCGACUGGGAAAAUGUUUGGCUUUGGCUCUUCCAUCUUCAGUUCUGCGUCCACUUUGAUGACCUCAGCUGCUCAGGACCAGCUCAAGACCACUCCACCAGUUUCUCCCAAGAUGUCUCCGGCAAAGUCCCCGAGUGCCCAGAGGUUGGAGCAGCAGAAGAAAACAGAGCCACCCCAGCAGACCAAGACACCUCCAGCAGGACAGGCCAAAGUGGACAAAGCUCCAUCAGAGCCUCCGAAGGCUGCAGGAGCCUCCCAAGUAGCUGUCAAACCAGGCCAGUCUAACUGUCCACUCUGUAAGGUGGAACUCAACGUGGGCUCCAAGGAUCCGGCCAACUACAACACCUGCACUGAAUGCAAGAACACCGUCUGCAACCAGUGUGGAUUCAACCCAACGCCAAGUGAAACAGCGGUGAAGGAGUGGCUGUGUCUCACCUGCCAGAUGCAGCGGGCUCUAGGACCAACACAGCCCAAAGGAGUUGCUUCUGUCAACUCUCAGAUAUCUGCAAAACCCCAAAAUAAAGACGUCAUCGGCCCAGCCGAACCUGAGAAGAAAGACUCACCUCAGAGGAAACUGUCUGUAACAGCACAGCCAGCUAUAGCCGAGGCUGCUCACAAGCCAGACGGUCAGAAACAGCUCAGCCCAGUUCCUUCUCAGAAGAGACCACAGGAGCCCCAGAAAACACCAAGUCCGAAUAAAUCACCAGACCAGACCAGGCAGGCUGAACGUAAGCUGAGUAACGCUGCAGCAGCGACACAGCAACAGUCAGGAGGCUUCUUUGGUUUCGGUGGCGGUAAAACUCAACCCGAUGCUGCAAAGCCGGCAGAGUCAGCGACUGGGAAAAUGUUUGGCUUUGGCUCUUCCAUCUUCAGUUCUGCGUCCACUUUGAUAACCUCAGCUGCUCAGGACCAGCUCAAGACCACUCCACCAGUUUCUCCCAAGAUGUCUCCGGCAAAGUCCCCGAGUGCCCAGAGGCUGGAGCAGCAGAAGAAAACAGAGCCACCCCAGCAGACCAAGACACUACCAGUUUCUCCCAAGAUGUCCCCAGCAAAAGAGAUCAAAUCCCCUGCUGCCCAGAAGAAGGAACAACAGACAAAGCCAGAACAACCCCAGCAGACCAGGACACCUCCAUCGGUACAGACCAAAGUGGACAAAGCUCCAUCAGAGCCUCCAAAGGCUGCAGCAGCUUCCCAAGUAGCUGUCAAACCAGGCCAGUCUACCUGUCCACUCUGUAAGGUGGAACUCAACGUGGGCUCCAAGGAUCCACCCAACUACAACACCUGCACCGAAUGCAAGAACACCGUCUGUAACCUGUGUGGAUUCAACCCAAUGCCAAAUGUGUCCGAAGUGAAGGAGUGGUUGUGUCUGACCUGUCAGAUGCAAAGAGCUCUGGCAGCAGCCGAAUCAGCGGAGCCUCCACUGAUGAAACCCCCGGCAUCGCCCAACAAAGUGCCCACACCUGCUACUGCUCAGAAAGACGCCACUGCCAGUCAAAAGAAAGACAUUAUUUCCACACAAAAAGUAGUAGAAGUGCAAGACAAAAAUCAGAAGGACAGUCCAACACCAGGCGCGCCACAAAAGAAAGAAGAAGCUAAACCUUCAUUUCAAAUUCCCAAAACAUCAGCCACUGCCCCACUUCCUGCAAAAGACACCCCAGGUACUGUUUCAGCCCCAACUAAAGAGGAGAAAGCUGCUUUACCACUUACCAAGGAGGUUCCAACCUCCGCUGCACCUCUCAUUAAAGAGACGACAGCUGUAGUUUCAGACCCCAAUAAACCCGUCAGAGCAGAUAGUGAAACUUCUCUCCAGAAGAAAAAAGAUAUCGCUCCACCAAGUUCCCCUGCACCUAAAGAAGUAUCAGAAAAGAAAGAAGAGAAAGCUGAAAUAGUUCAGAAAUCAGCUGAUAAACCAGUCACAUCCGCUGAUGAAGCAUCCCUUGCUAAAUCUGCUCCUCCAGCAGCACAGCCAACGAAACAAGAAUCAGGAGGUUUCUUCGGCUUCGGUAGUCCUAAAUCUCCGCGCGCUGCCUCAAAAACAACUGAAGCUGUGACUGGGAAGAUGAUGGGAUUUGGUUCAUCCCUCUUCAGCUCUGCAUCCACCUUGAUAACAUCCGUUAAGGAGGAGUCCCGCAUAACACCACCAACUUCCCGCAAAAUGUCUGCCCCAGCGCAAGUCUCUGGCAAGAUUUCUCCAAAGUCCAGCCCCCCGGUUUCUCCGAGGAUGACUCCAGCAAAGGAGGCUAAACCGCCUGCCGCUCAGAAACCAGAUGCGGAAAAGAUACCAGGCCAACCUCAGCAGGCCAAGGCUCCUCCAUCAGAACAGGUCAAAGUGGACAAAGGUCCAUCAGAGUCUACAAAACCAGAAGCUGCUCCUAAAGUGGGCCCGUCUUCUUGUCCACUCUGUAAAGUGGAACUUAACCUGGGCUCCAAAGAUCCUCCCAACUACAACACCUGCUCUGACUGCAAAGCCACUGUCUGCAGCAAGUGUGGAUUUAGUCCUAUGCAAAAUGUAACAGAGCUGAAGGAAUGGCUUUGUCUCACCUGCCAGAUGCAGAGAGCACUUGGAGCUUCUGAACCUUUAGGCCUUCCCAUGAUGAAACCCAAACCCUCACCAAGCAAAGAGCUCCCUGCCACCACACAGGAGAUAAAGACCCCAGUGUCAACUUCUCAGGAGGACAUCCUUAAACCAGCUGCACCCAAAAACGAGCUCGUUAAUGUUGCCACACCUGAAGACACUGAAUCCUCAGCCCUCGGUGCACCGACAAAGCAAGUUACCGAUGCAGCUGCUUCAUUGCCUGACAAAACUGUUCCAUCCGCUACUGCAAAGACUGACGUAUCACCGGCUUCACAAAAGCAUCCUGGAGAGACACCCGAAGGACAACCAGGUACACCGCCACAACAGCCUCCAAAAACUGUGACCUCUACUGCUCCUCCACUUGGUCUAGAGGCAGGAAAGCUACCCCCACAACAGCCUCUAAAAACUGUGACCUCUACUGCUCCUCCACCUGGUCCAGAGGCAGCAAAGCCACCCCUACAACAGCCUCUAAAAGCUGUGACCUCUACUGCUCCUCCACCAGGCCCAGAGGCAGGAAAGCUACUGCCACAGCAGCCUCCGAAAGUUGUGACCUCUACUGCUCCUCCACCAGGUCCAGAGGCAGGAAAGCCACCCCAACAGCAGCCUCCAAAAGCUCUGACUUCUACUGCUCCUCCACCAGGUCCAGAGGCAGGAAAGCCACCCCAACAACAGCCUCCAAAAGCUGUGACCUCUACUGCUCCUCCACCAGGUCCAGAGGCAGGAAAGCCACCCCAACAACAGCCUCCAAAAGCUGUGACCUCUACUGCUCCUCCACCAGGUCCAGGGGCAGGAAAGCCACCCCCACAACAGCCUCCAAAAGCUGUGACUACUAUUGCUCCUCCACCAGGUCCAGAGGCAGGAAAGCAACUCCCACAACAGCCUCCAACAGCUGUGACCUCUACUGCUCCUCCACCAGGUCCAGGGGCAGGAAAACCACCGCCACAACAGCCUCCAAAAGCUGGUACCUCUCCAGCCAAAUCGGCACCACCACCAGCUCAGCCUGCAAAACAAUCCUCGGGUGGCUUAUUUGGUUUUGGUGCUCCUAAAACACCACCUACAGCAGCAAAGUCUGCUGAGUCAGUGACUGGAAAGAUGUUUGGCUUUGGGUCGUCUUUCUUAAGCUCCGCAUCCACUUUGAUAACCUCAGCUGUCCAGGAUGAACCUAAAACUACACCACCAACGCCACGUAAGAUGUCAACUACAGCCCAGGUCUCUCCUAGAACUACACCGCCAGCCUCUCCUAAAACGUUACCCGCGAAGGACACCAAGCCGCCCUCUGUCCAGAAAACUGAGGAGAAGAAACCAGAGAAACCACAGCAGGAAAAGACUCCUUCAACCGUACAAGCCAAAGUGGCUCCGUCAGAGCCCCCCAAGGCACCAACGGACAUCCAAGGUGCUUCAAAAGCAGCUCCGUCCACCUGUCCUCUCUGUAAGGUUGACCUCAACAUGGGCUCCAAAGAUCCUCCCAACUACAACACCUGCACUGCAUGCAAGACGACCGUCUGCAACCUUUGUGGAUUUAACCCCAUGCCUAAUACAGGAGCGGUAAAAGAAUGGCUUUGUCUGAACUGCCAGAUGCAAAGAGCCCUAGGAGCAGCUGAGCCCACCGGCGGUCCUGUAGUGAAACCACAGCCCUCCCCAAGCAAGGCUCCUGUCUCUGAACAGAAGGAUAUACCAACAUUAGUCCAGAAGGAGAAGUAUACAGAAUCUACAGCAGUCAAAAAGGAGGUUACUCAAGCAACUCCGCAGAAAAAAGAACCCCCCAAAGCUGAAGCCCCGGUGCCGACUGCAGCCCAAAGGACGGAGACACCACGACGAGGUUCUGUGCAAAAGACACAGGUCCUUUCAGGCGCUGAACAAAGACAAGGCCAGGAUGUGGCUGGCCAGCAGCAGCCAGUUGGGAAACCCUCACAAGUGCAGCCUUCUCCAAAGCCAGAUGUCAAGGCAGGUCCUGCAAAACAAGAAGCUGGAAAACCACUACAACCGCCCUCAAAAUCUGCCACCCCUCCUGCAAAAUCUGCACCACCACCUGCAGCUCAGCCUGCUAAACAGGAGUCAGGAGGCUUCUUUGGCUUUGGUGGUCCUAAAACACAACCUGUUGCUGCUGCAAAGCCUGCAGAGUCAGUGACUGGGAAGAUGUUUGGCUUUGGUUCCUCUAUCUUCAGCUCUGCAUCUACAUUGAUAACCUCAGAACCUAAAACUACACCACCUACUCCACGUAAGAUGUCCACUACUGCCAGUGUCUCUCCUAAAGCUACGCCUCCAGUUUCUCCUAAGAUGCCCUUUGCAAAAGACACCAAACCACCUGCUGUUGAGAAAUCAGCGCCACCUCAACAGGCCAAGCCGGCUCCAUCAGCGCAGACCAAAGUGGAGAAAGCUCCACCAGAGCCUCCGAAAGUUGCUCCUAAAGCAGCUCCGUCCACCUGUCCACUCUGUAAGGUCGACCUCAACGUGGGCUCCAAGGAUCCUCCCAACUACAACACCUGCACCGAAUGCAAGAACACCGUCUGCAACCUUUGUGGAUUUAACCCCAUGCCUCAUACAGGAGCGAAGGAAUGGCUGUGUCUGAACUGCCAGACUCAGAGGGCUUUGUCUGGACAGCUGGGAGACUCAGGAAAAAUGUCCCAGCCUGUAUCUGCCAAGCCAGAGACCCUGACCACACCUGCCACCAAAAAGGCAGAGCCCAAAACUUCCCCUACAAAGGCAGAGCCUACACCUGCGGCCACAAAACCACAGCCCACACCUGCCCCCAUCAAGGCAGUACCAACAGUUCCAACCCCAAAAGCAAAGAUGGAACCUACAGCAGUUUCUGCACAAAUCGAGAUCGAGACAACACGCAUACCCACAACAGCAAAGGUUUCACCUGUUACGGCAGUAAAACAGCCUUUAGCAGAAUCCACAGCAGAACCCAUUUUACCCACCAUGGCCACUGUGCAACAGAAAGCAGUUACACCAAAGGUUGACAUGCCAAACAUAGAUGUUCCCAAGACCGAAACAGUGGAAACUAGAGAAGAGGCAGUGAAAGUGGAGCCUGGACCUGAGCUUCCAAAAGUCAAAGCUGACGCAGGUGUGGCUGCAGCUUCCUCUUUCCCUGUGACUGAACCUACAGUUGUACCUACUUCACCUCUUGCUGAAGAGGUUGCUGUGGCUGGAGUUGUCCCAGGGACUGAAACAAAGCCAGAAUUGUCUGCUGCUCCAGAGAUGAUUAUUAUGAAAGUACAGCCUGAUGACCACAUCAAGCCGACAGAGCCAACAAAAGUUGAGGUACAACCAAAGUCACAAGAACCACAGCUGGUAUUGGGAGUAGAACCAGUCAUAGCAGCUGAUAGCAAGGAAAUUGCUGAUAAGUUGGUUGAGAAGAUUACUGACAUCACCUCAACUCCAGAGAUACAACCAGUAUCUACAAAGAGCAUCAUCAUAAAAGAGCAAGAUGAAAUCCAAAAAGGGCCAAUGAAAGAAAGAAACAUCUCCCUACCUACUGGACCGGUUAAAUUGGAAGACACAGUUGUUCCUGUGACAGCUACAAAGCCUAAGUCUAAAGCAGAGGAACAUGAUGAUCAACCCCAGAUUUUACCCAUAUCCCAGGAGUUAAAGGAUGGACAGGUGGUUAGGGAUACAAGUAAAAAUGAUACAGAAAAUACAGAUCCAUCCAUGCCAGUAAAGGAGGAGGUUAAAGCUGAGAGAAGGCGCCUAAGUUUCCAAGCAAUGGCUGAGAGCAGUGGAAGUGAGCUCACACCCUCACCUCAAGUCCAGAGGAGAAAGCUGGAGGUCAGCAAUGUUUCAUCCAGCAGUGAGGACCUUAAAACUGAAAGCGCUGACUCUAUGGAUGAUGAAGAAUUCAUCCGCAAGCAGAUCAUGGGUAUGGGUGAUGACGAAGAAAUGUCUCUUUCAGAAGAUGAGAAAGAAAAUAUUUUGGCUGAUGAGGGAGCUAUCGAAGAGGUUGAGCUUGAUAAUGUUUCAGUGACAGCCAGAAAAAGUAGCACAGAGAAUGAAGAAGGCCCAGCCAUGAAAAAAGCCCUCCCAGAAACUGACACUGCAGCUACUCAAGAUGUUCCUGAAACAAGGCUUAGCGCUACUUUCAAGAAAGCUACUCCAGUCAUGAGACAGAGACAAAGCACAGAUGAAGAAGUAGAGAGCAUCACAGAAUCCCUGUCAAAGGGAUCGUCCAGUGUUCAGGUAUCUAGCUUUACCCCAGGGUCUUCACCCACGUCAGCUUCGUCCCUGGAGGAGGACAGUGAUAGCAGCCCCAGUCACAGGAAAGUCAGUGGGGAAAAACAGCAUCGCAAAGGAAGGCACAGGCAGCCAACCCAGCCUCUCCCCACCAUUGAAGACUCCUCUGAGGAAGAGAAGACGAGGGGGGGAGAGAAGUCUAGGAAAGACAGAGAUGAACUUAGAGCCCAAGGCCCACCACUGUCUCCAACUGAAGAUGCUUCCUCCACAGAGAAUCUGAGACAGGGAAUGGAGGAAACCAGUAGAACAUCUGGCUCUGAGUACUCUGCCAGUAUAGACUCAGAACCAGAGGCUUGGCGAGGUGUACAUAAAGUACGUAGACCUUCAACAACAGUGAUACCAUACACUCCUGAUCCAUUUAAAGAGAAUACUCUGACAUUGAAGAGUGCCGAAGAAGCAUAUGAGGAAAUUAUUCAGAAGACAAAAGCUAUUCCAGGGGAGAGUCCUCCCGAUAUUGAGCCACUCUAUGGAGGAAUGUCGAUAGAGGACUAUCUUUAUGAAUCCUUAGUUGAGGAGCCUGAAUUUAAGAUAGGUGAAUAUCAAGAGGAAGAACUCAAACAGGAUACUAGUUCUGAGUCUCUCAAAAAACUCAGGUCUCCAGAGGAGGUUUAUGAGGAGAUGAUGCAGAAAAAGAGAGAACUGAUGAUGAUAGAGCAAGAGUUUCAACAGGCCCAGACUGCCUUGGAGUCUUCCUCAUCAGGGGCUUCGGUCACUGGGACUCCCUCCUUUGCUGAGACCUGUGUGGUGACCAUGCCUACUGAAGAGACAAUCUUCACUGAACAAAUUGACAUGCCUCUUUCAGGCACUGAAACGUCUAAUGAACUGCCAGUGAAGAAAAAGAAAAGGCCUGCUCCACCACGCCCCACUGAACCCCCUAAGCGAUCUGAGGUGACUUCUGUUCCGAGUACUCCUACUGGAUCUAUAGGUUUUAUUAGGCCUAUGGUUCCACAAGAUCCUGCGCUCAGAAAAGCAUUGUUCCCCAUACCAGACCUCAAGAUUACCCAGUGUUCAUCUGGGGAGGAAGAGGAUGACAGUCUUGCAGAUGAGUAUGGUGUUGGUAUUUCCUCUGACAUUACCCCCAGUGAUGACUCUGACACCAAAGAAGAUCCAUCCAUAAGUCCACCUUUCUCUGAAACCGCUGAGAUGGAGCCUAUCUGUGUGGUCUGUGAAAUUCCAGAGCCAAAACCUAUUCCAACUCCAAUAUCAGCCCCAGAACUAACUACUACACCCUCGCCUCUAUCACCAAUGUCACCUCCAACUUCACCAGCCACUCCAGAUUCCAGUUUGGCUUCUAUUGCAACAUCUUCAUCCUCAUUCCAGGCUCAAACACCUCCUUCAUCAGAUUCAACUCCGCUGUCUACACCAACACCUCCAACUUCAUUUGUAACCCAAUUGCCUCUAGAGAUCUCGCCACCAUCGCCUGCCACAUUUGCAGCAAUACCGUAUAGUGGGGGCUCAAUCUCUCAUCCCACUCCAACCACAGUUAUAGUUACAAUACCAGAUGUGGUGUCUGAUCCAUCCAAAGCUCAAACAACUGCAUUGGUUCAAGCUAAGACUUCUACAGCUGACGCCCCAACUCCAGCCCUAGUGGGGAUGUCUACUCCUCCACCUGUUGUGGUUCAAAUGCCAGACUUGGUUUCAUCUCCAUCUCAGGUGCCCACCGAGGCUCCAACUGUAAUACAGGUCUCAGCACAGAGUCCAGCACCUGUUGUUGUCUCAGCCCAACCUACAACCUUAGUUACUGCUAAACCUGUUGCAAUCUCCACUCCAGCUUCAGCCCAUGUUGUUGCUGCUUCUGUCACUCUGGCCUCAUACCCUGGUCCAGUUAUAGUCCAGAAGAUGCCUGACCUGGUUUCAACUACACCUCCAAUAUCUGCACAAACUCCACUACCGGCCUCAGCACUUGUAACUACCCCAGCUCAAGCCCAAGCCAAAGUGGUACACUCAGUCCCUGUAAAAGCAGCUGUCUCAUCGAUGAGCCCAGUUGUAAUCCCAACUCCAGCUCAAACAGCCCAGGUUCCUGCACCAGCUCCAACAUCAACUACUAUAACCAAAAAGAAGGUCCCACCCCCUCCUCCCCCUCGGUCUACUUCAGUGUCAUUACCUGAGCCUAACAAAGAGCUGCCACUUGUAAGGACUGUUCAGUAUGUCACCCCUACUGUGACCACCACUAGGGGAACCACAGUGACUGGCCAGCCAAUGCAGUCUGUAGUUGUGGAUAUACAGCCAAGAAUGGAAGAAAUGCAACCAGAUGGUGUGGCUGUACCUCAAGUAGUGACCCCAACCAGACAAGGGCAUGUAGUCAUCAUAGUGCCAAGUGUGGAAAACAUAUCUCUGCUUGGACAAACCCCACAAUAUAUGGCUAGCACAGGAUCAAUAGCUGCCACUGCUUCUCUGCCACAAAGUAGUCAAAUAGCUUCAGAUAUACCCAGCACCGAUACAGCUUCACUUACCACUAAGGUGUCAGCAGUGCCAGUAACUUCAGCUCCAAAACUUUCGCCUAAACCUAUGGUAGAGACAAAAGCUGUAGACACAGUAGAAAUACCUGUAGCAGAAACACCCCCACCUCCUCCUACCACUUUACCCAAGUCAACUGUUUCUCCAAAGCCGCUGGCUCCCACUGCAGUGAUGAUUGCUGCAACAACAGUAGCAGGAGUUUCUGAUACAACAACUGGCCCCAGUCAAACCGCCAAGCCUCCUCCACCCAUACCACCUAAGCCUAUAUCAAUUCCAGCUGGACUGGUUUUCAGCCACAAGCCAGGAGAGAGUGUCAAGCCACCUCCCCCUCCUGUGGCCUCCAAAGCUGCAACACUACCGAGGACCAAACAACCUCCAAAUGUUCUGUCACUUAGCCUGACACGACCUGUGGAAUCCAAGUUGAGUGCAACAUCUCCUAAGUCACCUAUGUCUCCUAGACACGGUAGAUGUUUGCAAACUUAUGUGGUGAUAACUCUUCCAUCUGAGCCUGGCUCACCAACAGAGGGCAUAACAGUUCAGGCACCUGUAAGACGAGGCUCCAUCCCAUCUACAAAAGUGGCAGGGGUACGGACCACACCCUCAGAGCAGAAAACACCCAUUGAGGCAUUCUCAGCACAGGGUACAGUCAGGAGAGCCUCUGUCCCCACUGUAAGGCAUCCACCUCCAAUAUCCAUAGCUCCAACUGUAGUAGUUGAGCAAGUGCCUUUUGUAGCACUACCACCACUAUCUGUCGCUGAUGUCACGGUAGUGUCAUCAGGUCAGGACAUACCUAUUCAGGCACAUAGUGUACCUCUUCCAAUUAAGAAACCCUAUGUGCAACAGCAACAACCAAUUACUCAGCCACUGCCACCACCUAAAACAAUGCAUGAGGUCAUCAUAAUGCCCCCAGAGCCAACGGUUCUUAUUCAACCACUAACAAUCCAAGCCACAGCAAGGGUCCAGUCUAUACCACUUGUUGCUCAACGUCCAAACAUAGCCUCCGAGGUCAUAACAGUUCCGGCAGAGGUUUCAGCUGAAGCACUAGUUCCUCAGGCCCAAAUACCAACUGUACCUUUUCAGCCACAUCCUCUGACAGAAGUUGUUACUGUACCACUGCAGCCUGAGGUACCUUUAGUUGCACUAGUUCCCCAAGAUAGACCAGCUGCAGUCCUCUCAACUAUUCUGUAUCCACAAGUUGCAAGUCAAAUAGAAAUGCAACACAAAGAACAGGAUAUGCCUACUGAUGUCAUAGUCACCGAGACAGUUAUGGUAAGAUCACCAAUACCAGAAGUGAGUCAGCAAAUUCCUGCUCAACAGGAAUUUACAGUAGUUGAAGUGGUAACUCACUCUACAGAGCAAGAAUUGCCUACAGCUUACUACAAUACUCCCACCAUUGCUGACCUCCCAUCAGUACCACAAACUGUUCAGCCUUUAGAAGUUCUGCCUUCAGUGACAGGGCAGCUACAUUUGCAGCACCCACCUCUUGUAGCUGAAGUGCCCCCUACAAAGUUUGAAGUACUUACGAAGGUUAUUACAACAGACACUACUGUUAGAAUACCAGGAGUAGCAACAGUAUCUCCAGUACCUCAUCCUCUACCUGUAGCUGUUGAAGCUACCCCAACACCAGAAGCAGCCAAGUUAGUGCCACUAACUGCAGUUGCUACGAUGAUAACUCCUACAAUUGGUGAAGUAACACCAUCACCUCCUGUGAUGGAAGUCCAACCAAUGACCGUACAGCCAGAAGUACCUCAUGUUGCGUAUAUUCCACAGGUCUAUGGAGCAAUUACCCCCUCAGUCAUGUCACAUUCAAUGUCACCACUGGAGGUCAUAGCAUUGCAGCCUAAACGCGAGACACCCACAGAGAUUAUAACAAAGGAUGUUGAUGCAAGAGCUUCAAUAACAUCAUCAGUGUUGCAGCCCCAGGCAGUGGCUGGGAUGCCAAUUGAAAUUAUUUCAACUGGGGAAACCACCAGUAGGAGGACAUCUGUAUCGUCUAUAGUACAGCCAACGUACCCCACGAGUGAAAUGUUUACCUAUCCUGCAGAGUAUGAAACACCCACGCAGGUGGUUACAACUGAAGCCUAUGCUGCCACCAGGAGAGAAUCCAUAACCAGGCAGCAAUCAUUACCAAUGGCACAUGUAGUAAACAUGGCAGCUGAAAGAGAUGUUCCUAUUGAUGGUUAUGCUGCUCAAAUCCCCUACAGGAGAGGAUCUAUUCAUUCAACAGAACAAAGACCACAGAUAUUGACUUAUUCAUCGGAAUAUGAUCACCCUCUUGAGAUAAUUACCACUGAGGCAUAUACAAGGAGAACCUCAAUUCCCACUGCACAGGACAUUCCCCGUGGUGUAUCUGUGGCUCCAGUCACUAUCACUAAAAUUCAGCAAGAGUCUAUUGAGAGCCAAGAGAUUCGAGGACCAGAAAAGGUAGUCUCCAGUAGGAGUCACAUGUAUUCUUCUUCAAUUUCCACCUCAGGCCAGCCUCCUGAAAGCCUGCCUAGCCUAGUCACUCAGGUGGUCACCACUGAGGUCCAGAGGACCACUGUUUCUGUUGUUCAUGAAAGACUGCCACAAGUCCCUCAACCCAGUGUAGCAAUCACUAUACAACCAGACAUAGCUAAAGUCCAACCUCUGCAGAAACAGAAUGGGAAGAUAAUCUACCCUGGUGAUGUUAUCGAUUUACGUACCAUGAGGGUUGGCAUCAAGAUGACUGAGCAAGGCAUGGACCUGACACCACCUGAGUCAUGUCGACAGUCUUUCUCAAGUGACUCUAGUGGGCGUCAAAUCACAGCAGUGCAGCCGGAGAUAAUAAAUCUUAGUCCAGAGAUCACCCCUGCAACCACACUGUCUGUGGUCACUGACAGCAUCACGAUAGUCACAUGCACAGCCACCAUUGCUUCUUAUAACAGCACUCCAGCAGAGAAACCACUCGAUCUACAGGGACCUGUUACAUCAUUGCCUAUGCCUCUCACCACAUACAAAUCAUUCGAACCGCUAGCUCAGAUUGUAUACAGACCUGUGAAUUCCCGGCCCGUAGUCAGUGCUUUAGCAUCCACAGCUCAAGACAUACCCAUUAAUCUUUCGUUUGGAGCUCUGGUCCCCUCGGGAGGCAAACAGCCAAUGACUUCCCCAACAGCUAUCACCAAUGGAGGUCCCGUCCUUUCUUUAGAGGCCACAGGGGCCAUGGAUCUGUCAAACUACAGACCAGUGAGAGCUAUGGUAGCUUUAUACGACACAAGCCCAGGAGUGGUGACCACUGUUGUUGAGGACGAUGGGACUCCAGUCGACCUUACAGCUGGUAGGAGGAGUGUGUGCUGUGAUGUCCUUUACAAGCUGCCAUUUACAGGAAGCUGCAGAACACAGCCCCCGGUUACAAACCAGCCUGACAACCGUUUUGGCUACAGAGAUGACCACUACCAAUAUGAUAACGCUGGACUGUAUGGUAUCAAAGGCAUGAAUGGUAUAAAAGCAUCGAUGUCAGAGACCAAUCUGACAGAGGCAGGACUGUUCUCCUAUGAUCCCAAGAACGACUAUUACUAUCUCAGUGGAUCUUCAGAUGGCGCUAUAGACCUCACUGCUGCCAAACUUUCUGCUGGUAAAGCUCUAGACUACACUAGCAGAGCUACUGGAACCUACCCUGGGAUGACUACUACUCCAUACUCCCAGGUCCCUGCAGCCGGGUUUGGUGUAAAUGGUGUACUAAGAACCUCAGAUGGAAUAGUUUACUCUUCUGUUGCUGUACCAGUUCCAUCCGCAUAUGCAAUUACAACUCAACCAGGCUCCGUCUUUAGCACUAACUUAACACCUACAUCAACAGUCCAGAACUUGCCGCAUCCGUAUGGCUUCAUUCCCAGUACAGACCCUGGACAGAUAAUUCCUUUUGAAACAGGGCUACCUAAGGAGCUCCUACCCACAGCUUUGGCUGACAUCAUAACAGGCUAUCCGGACAUGUACUCGGACACCACCCUGGAAGCAAUUGCUGCCUCUCUGGAUGCCUUAGCAUCUUCCCCAAUAUUCCCUGGCUUAGACAACACCAAGAUGGCCCAGUAUCAGAUGGAGAGGGAGUUUCUAGAGCUAGAGAAGCUCAAGCAGCUUUGUCUCGCUGAGGAGCUGGAGUGGGAGAGGCAGGAGAUCCAGCGUUACCGCGAACAGGAGCAGCUUAUGGUCCAAAGGGAGCUUGAGGAGCUUCAGGCUCUGAAACAGCAGCUUCUCAUGCAGCAAGAGGAAGAGCACCAUGCCCACAUGGUGGCCCAGCAGGAGACCUAUGUCCAGCAGAAAGAGCAGUUGCAGCAAAUCCAACACCUCCAACUGCAACUCCAGCGCCAGCUUGAUGAGCACUAUGGUAGCACUGGUUCCACAGGGAACCUUCUAGAUGCUAAAUAUGCAGGGGUAGGGGACAGUGGCCAGUACUGGCCUGUCAAAGACGAGUCUACAACUCCAGCUAUUGGGACACAAUUACAGGAAAGUCAGGACCAGCUUAGUCUAGUAAAGAGGCUUCAAGCUGACCAGGACACAGGGAAAAGAAUAAUAGAUAGUGGAGUGCAGACGGAUGAUGAAGACUCGGCAGAGAAGCAGCAUGUAGGAAGGAGAAAGAAGAACAAGAGGAAUGUCGAUAGCCCAGAUCAGACUGAUGAUGAGGACCAAGAUGAAUGGGAUGCUCCCACAAAAGCUCGACGGCGCUCUCGAAAACACAGCAGUGAGGGGAAACACAGCUCCAAGGUCACUAGCAUUGCUAUCCAAACAGUGGCGGAGAUAUCCGUCCAGACCGACCAUUCUGGAACGAUCAAACGACCCAAUGUCCAGAUGGACACUCGGGUGGAAAUCAUCAAGCAUAUCUCCGCUCCAGAGAACUCUCAGAAAGGUGGCAGUCUGAGCUGUCAGACAGACUCAGACAGAAGACCCAUUGAGGUGGGCUACAGUACACACCUGACAGCAGACAUCCCCUCCAAGUCUAAAGUCUUCUACACCUCAGUCUCCCCCAUGUCCCCGGAAAAGUCACUUGGAGGGCAGAGAAUGCUGACUGCUGACCCAUCCAGAUUUUCCUCUGGCCCUCGGAUAUUAAAGGCGGGUCAGAAGUCUCUGUCUGAUCCUAAAUCCCUGAGUCCUUCCACAGAUGACAGGAUGGGUGGAUACUAUGCAGACAGCUAUUCUAGCCGAGGCUCUCCCUCUGGUACAGGUAAGAAGGUAAAGCGGACACUACCGGACCCCCCUCCCGACGAUGACUCUCUGUCAGGACGGUCAGGCUACAGCUCCAACUCUGCUCGUCGCCGUCUUGCCCGCAGUACAACGAUGGCCCGGGCAAAGAUCCUGCAGGACAUUGACAAGGAGCUCGAUCUGGUGGAGCGAGAAUCUUCCAAACUUCGCAAGAAACAAGCUGAGCUAGACGAAGAGGAAAAGGAGAUUGACGCCAAGCUACGGUACCUGGAGAUGGGUAUCAACCGGCGUAAGGACGCCUUGCUGAAGGAGAGAGAAAAGAGAGAGAGGGCCUAUCUCCAGGGGGUGGCGGAGGAAAGAGACUACAUGUCAGACAGCGAGGUUAGCAACAUCAGAGAGGCCAGGGGUGACGGCCUGGAGAGACCACGGACAGCUCCCCAGUCGGAGUUUGACCAGUUCAUCCCCCCCCAGACAGAAGCUGAUUCCCAGUACAACACACUGACUAGUCCCUACUCACACUAUGCCCAGUAUGUUCCCCAGACCCAAACCACCAGCCACUACACCCAACAGAACCUUUACCAGCAGCAGUCCCUUUACCACCAACAGGUGUCUCCUUACCCAACCCUCUCCCUCUCCCAUGCCCAGGCUCAGUCCAGCAGCUACCAGCAUGCUCUGCUCUUACAGCAGGGAAAGCAGCGACAAACCAACCUGUCUGAUUUAGAGCCUAAGAUCACCACCAACUACGAAGUGAUACACAACCAGCCUCUGCUCAUUGUGCCGUCCUCCACAGACAGUGGGUAUGGGGUUGCUCACCUGGGGGGCAAGUAUGGCAGCUUGGACUUGAGGCUCGGGCUAGGGGAGAGGAGCAUGGCAUCUAGUCCCAUGUCGAGCAUCUCCGCUGAUUCCUUCUAUGCCGACAUUGACCACCACAAUGCCAGGAACUACGUGCUGAUAGAGGACAUAGGGGAGCUCACCAAGGCGUCAACGGGGCUGAGCAACACCGGCUUGGGUUCUGGAUUCAACAUGCCUGAUAAGGAGAUGUCCAAGGCAGACAGACUACUCAGGGCAGCAGAAGUCAGGCGCACAGCAGAGGUGGCAGAGUUUUUAGGCUCGUCUCGACUUCAGGGUUACGGUAAAGGUGAAGAUGACACUAUGGAGGAGCCUUACGAGCUGAAGCUACUGAAGCAGCAGAUCAAGCAGGAGUUCAGACGAGGAACUGAGGGACUAGAACACCUAACGGGCCUGGGCCUGCCCCAGUAUCUCCCCAGCGAUGGCAGUUUUCGCCACUUCCCUAAAGGAGAGAAAUACAGCAUCGGCAGGCUCACCCUUGAAAAACAGGCCGCGAAGCAACUCCCGGCAGCUGUGCUCUACCAGAAACAGAUGAAGAACAAAAAGGCCCAAAUAGACCCGAAGGCCAUCACAAAGUUUUCCCCAAUUCAGGAGAGUAGGGACCUGGAGCCUGACUAUGGCAGCUACAUGGGAUCUGGGGCCUCCUCUGUGACCAAUCUGGCUGCGACAGCGAGAUUGCUUCAGGAUGAGAUUACAUUUGGGCUGAGAAAGAACUUGUCUGAGCAGCAGAAAUAUUUGGGCUCCUCUCUGGGGGCCAACUUAGCUGGCUCUCUUAAUUUUGGGCAGUCCCACGGAAUUGGAUCCUCUAUCAGGGCCACUGCCCACGAUGAUGGCACCUACCCAAGUGGCACCCGUUCCCGCCCCUCUUCGCGCCCCUCCUCCCGACCCUCUUCUGUCUAUGGCUUGGAUCUAUCUAUCAAACGGGACCUAUCCAGCUCCUCACUUCGACUUAAAACAGAAGGAGAGGUCCUGGAUGCAGCGUUUGCUCCCGGGGUGGCCAGAACAAAGCCCACCAGUCUACCUAUCAGCCAAAGUCGGGGCCGUAUCCCUAUUGUGGCUCAGAACUCGGAGGAGGAGAGCCCUCUGAGCCCAGUGGGGCAGCCUAUGGGUAUGGCGAGGGCCUCAGCUGGUCCUCUCCCUCCCAUCUCUGCUGACUCCAGGGACCAGUUUGGGUCCAGCCAUUCCCUGCCAGAGGUACAGCAACAUAUGAGGGAGGAAUCCCGGACGCGAGGGUAUGAUCGAGACAUCGCAUUCAUCAUGGAUGACUUGCAAGGCGCCAUGUCUGACAGCGAAGCACUAAGUGAGUCCAUGCUGGUUCUGAACAGAGAUGAUGCCAGAAUCUUUCAUGAAAGUAUCAGACACGCUGGAGGCCCAAACUGGAAUAUAGAAGCCUACCACCUGAGGAGAGAGGACACAGAUUGGUUUGAUAAGCCAAGAGAGGGGCAUCCGCAGAGCGGAAACAUGUCAGACAGGAGACAGAUGAAUCUGGUGCCUUAUGCCUUCCCUCACACCGGCAUCAGGCUGAAGAGAGACCCCAAAGACACUAGUGUGUCAGGGAACGGACUCGGGAUCCGUGUGGUCGGCGGUAAGGAGAUUCCGGGGAGCCGAGGAGAGAUUGGAGCCUACAUUGCCAAGGUUAUCCCUGGUGGUGUGGCAGAACAAACAGGAAUAGUUGUAGAAGGAAUGCAGGUGUUGGAGUGGAACGGCAUCCCUCUAACGGGAAAGACUUACGAAGAGGUGCAGUGCAUCAUGGGCCAGCCAUGUGCUGAGGCGGAGCUCUGCGUGAGACUCGACCUUAAUAUGCUGUCUGACCCUGAGCACCCACAAGUCCUGGAGCACCAUGUCCAGCUUAAGGCUGUAGGUGGGCAGCGCUCCCCUGGUGUGGAUCCUAAGCAGUUGGCUGCAGAGCUGCAGAAGGUGCAGCAGCUGGCUCCUGGUAUGGCCGGAGCAGGGCUUGGGUCUGGUGGUUUGGGGGUCCUCUCCGCACUAGAGCGCUCCGCCCUGCUCCACUCGGGUACCGGAUCGGCCGCCUCCAGCGGUGUGCCGAGCCCCGGCCAGCCCGCAUCCCCCGCCAUAAGCAAGAAACAACGACACAAGCCAAUAGAUGGAAUAAGAACACCUCAUCCCAUCACUGGAGAAAUUCAGCUCCAGAUCAACUAUGACAGGAACCUGGGAAACCUGAUCGUCCACGUCCUGCAGGCUAGAAACCUGGCCCCGAGGGACAACGACGGCUACUCCGACCCUUUCGUCAAGGUCUACCUUCUACCUGGGAGAGGCCAAGUCAUGGUUGUCCAGAAUGCAAGUGCUGAUAACAAGAGAAGGACCAAGUACGCCCAGAAGACCAUGAACCCAGAGUGGAACCAGACCGUCAUCUACAAGAACAUUCAUUUGGAGCAGUUAAAGAAGAAGACGCUGGAGGUGACAGUGUGGGACUAUGACAGAUCCUCCUCCAACGACUUCCUCGGAGAAGUGUUGAUUGACUUGUCGAACACCGCCCAGCUGGACAACACUCCUCGUUGGCUGCCUCUGAAGGAGCAGAGCGAGAGCAUCGAGCACAGCAAAGCCAACUAUGCUGCUCAAGGCCCACCGGGGUCCGGGUCAGGUCAGGGUUACGGUCAGGGGCACAGCCUAGGCCACAUGUCAGGCCCUGGGUUGGGGCCUGGGCACGGUCAAGGACCAGACGGGAGUCUUGAUUCACCUAAAAACUCUGUAAUCAAGAGCAGAAGCCAUGGGAUCUUCCCUGAUCCAGCCAAAGACAUGCAGAUGCUGCCUUUGGAAAAGUCACACAGCAGCCCAGGCAGCUCCAAGUCUUCCUCCGAUGGCCAACUGCGUUCCCACGGCCCCUCCAGAAGCCAAAGCAAGAGCAGCGUCACUCAGGCCCACCUCGAGGAUGCUGGGAUAGCCAUUGCUGCCGCCGAGGCUGCCGUGCAACAGUCCCGCCUGCAACCAAGACCAGGACACCGACUGGGUGACGUCUCAGGGUCAGUGGUGCUGUCCGCCCCGAGUCUUGUGGGGGACGCCUACGGAGGUCUGGAUGGGGAAGACGGGGCGGGCACUGGAGUGGACAGUGCCAUUUUUCAAGUGCCACGCAUUGGUAAAGCUAUUCCUAACGGAACCGACAAAAACCAACUAGGGACCCCAGAAAAUGAAGGCGGUAAAACACAAAUAAUGGGGGAGAUCAAGGUGGCUCUGAAGAAGGAGGUGAAGACAGAAGGGGACCAGCUGGUCUUGGAGAUCCUUCAGUGCAGAAACAUCACUUACAAGUUCAAAAGCCCCGACCACCUGCCAGACCUGUAUGUGAAGCUGUAUGUGGUGAAUGUGGCCACUCAGAAGAGGAUCAUCAAGAAGAAGACCAGAGUGUGUCGACAUGACAGAGAGCCCUCCUUCAAUGAGACCUUCAGAUUCCCCCUCAACUCAACUGGACACUCCAUACAGCUGUUCUUGGUGUCCAACGGAGGCAAGUUCAUGAAGAAGACCCUGAUAGGGGAGGCCUACAUCUGGCUGGACAAGGUGGACAUGAGGAAGCGAGUGGUCAGCUGGCACAAGCUGUUCGUCAGCUCCACGCUGACCAACCCCUGAGCGCCACACCUGAAACGACGGAGAUGCGAUAGCUCAAUGAAAGGUGAAGCCGGAAUGUUCUAGUUCAGAAACCUGAUUUGACAAAAAAAUUAUUGAAUAAGAGAAAAAAAAAGUCAAGAAGAGGAACGAAAAAAAAAAAGAUCCAUUUAAUUCACUUCCUCAGUUCAUAAGUUAUAAGAAGAAGGGAAUUACGUGCUAAUACCAUAACAACUUUUAUCAGUCCAACACUGCCAGCACACAUGUCCACCUCUUCCCAUAUCAGGUCUGUGCUGGCUGUGGACUUUGCUCUGCAGGAUGCAAACAUGCAAACACCACAGCGGGCACUGAAACACACUCAGCAGCAAUAUGGCUUUGAGAGCAGCGAUGUCUUUCUCACCAUAGUUCAUACUCUGUGUUCCACAUGAGACGUUGUUGUUUUGGUGCUGUGCAACUGAGCUAACAUAUCUAUCAGAGGGAAAGAUGAUUAUUUUACUUUGCUCAUCAACUGAAUUAGCAAAAUGUGUUUUCCUCAUAUGAGAGUCAUUGUAAUGCCCAAGUGAUGGUUGUGAUGUGUGUGGACAUCAGUGGUCUUGAAAUGUUUAAUGAAAUGAAGGAAUGCGUAAUGUUUUUGUACGAUAGUUUCAUGUAAAAAGAGAGAGAAAAAAAAGAGUCAGUUGACUUUUGCUAUGGGAAGAAGAUAAAAUGUACAGCACUACAGAUUGUAGAUUACAGAGCAUAUCAGAGAACCACAUUGUACAGUGUGACGUUUAUAUAAUAUACAAAGAUAUCAGAUGCAGAAUAUAUCUAAAUACAGUAUACAGUAUAAGAGCCGUUCUCUUGUCACUAGAUUAUAUAUAUAUAUAAUAAAAUAUAGACAUAUGAUCUGUGUUUGAGGCUGUGGAUGGCGCACUGACAAUCCAGCAGGCUACUUUAGUCUAUGGUGUAGGCAGUCUUAAUAGCCGUUACGUGAAUGUGGACCUACAGUAAGUGAGCUCAAGGAAAAAUAGCUCCUUCAAGUCCUCUGAUCACACUGAUGCACCAUUAGAUAUUCAACAGGGCUGUGAGAGAUUAAACAUUUUAAAGGUCAAGGUCAACAUCCAGCGACAUAUUGCUAUUUCACUGGCGUAUAUUGCGUAAGGCAGGUUAGAAUUACAAUAAAAUCGACAGCAUUUUGUGUGUUGAAAGUUACAAGCCAACUGUAGAGGAUGAGAACAGUUUAUCACGUCUGCGUCAUGUGUACGACAUUUUAAUUUAAAGCUGUUGUAGUUCUUUCUGUGUAGUCCAUCGUGUAAUUACACCGUUGGAAUGGACGUGUAAUUGUGUCAAAACCAUACGUGGGUCUGCAGCUGUCAUCACCUCAUUGUGACAGCUCUGAUUAGUAAAGCCUCUCGGUCUGAGUUUUACCCAAAAAUCAUUUCAAAAUGAAGAGAAAAAAAAAGUUCUUACCAGUAAAAUGUCGAGGUUCCUCCUUGUGUGUCUGGCUGUGCUGUGAAACUCACUGUGCUGUUUUGUGUCAGUGAACCAGCCUCUUCCACUGCCUGUGACCAAAACACUCACUCAGGCCCACCGGGGUUCAGUCAUAUUUAAGAGCAGGUGACCCAUGUGUUCAUCUUGUAAUGUUUUGCCACCAUAUCUACAGAAAGAAAAAGAAAAAACACUAUGAAGUGACCCUCUGUCGGUGUAUUUAGGCAUAUCACAGGGCUGAUGCAAUUUUUUAAAGAAUUAAAUAUAACAGAGAAAACACACUUAGAACAAGAUGUCACUUAAAUCUUAUAGCAAAGGAUCACAAAAAAAAAGAAUAUAAUAAGAAAGGGAACGUGGUUGAUCUUUCAGAUAAUUAUUUUGCUGUGCCAACCUUGAUUUUUUUAUUUUAUUCCAGACACAUUGGUUCUUAAUUCUAUGCAACAUAGAUGUGUUUGUUUUUUUGGAACUAAAUGUUAUAUAUGUGAAGUCUAAAAAAAAAAAAAAAUCUUAUAGAAACUUUAAUUUGUACAUCAUUGAAAGAAAAUAUUAAAUAUAUUGAUUUUUUACUGAUUUUAAUAUAAAUUGGUGUUAACAGCUGUUAACAUCUAUCACAGAGCUUGUGCACUUUAUUAUUGCAUUAUUUUUCUUGUCUCAUUUUUCGUGACAUGCAAGAUUACGUGUUUUGUGUUUCUGCACUGAAAUGAAUUGAAUCAUGGUGUAUAAGUGGUGGCAGAAAAUAUUGUGGUGUGCAUUUUGUAUCGAUGUGGCAAAAAGAAAAACACGCAGACACGUUUGGGGUUCCUAAACACAAUGCACAAUCUGGGGAGAGAUCACUCUAUACUACAUCACGCUCAUAGUCUACUUACCAGUCUGUGUACAAAGUACAGUAAAUAAGAAAUAUUCCCUAAAUGCUCAGUCACGACUGUUUAACCCCUCGUGUUUCAUUCCCUCGAGCUAAUUACUGUUUGUUCAGAUCAGCUGUUGCCUGUAAUUGUGAAACCAUCCAUUUGUUGUUGUUCUGAGGGGUGUGAAUGUGACUUGAGUCCUUUGACAUGUGUACAUAAAGUGUUUAUUUUCUACAAAGAUUGAAUGUUUAUAUUGUCCGAAGUUUGAGCAUGUGAGUGUCGAAAAAAAAAAUCACAACUUAACUGUACAGCAAUGCGUGUCUAUAGUUGUAUAAGGGGAGUUGACUGUGUAAUCAAAACAUGUGCUGUCAACCAAUGACUAUCUGUGCAACCACGUCCCGUAAACGGCUGAAACAACACAAAGGGGGAAAAAAAAAAAUCUAUUCAACUUCAAUAGUUGUCUGAGACUUUAUGUUUUGGAUGUUGCAUGUUUUGUUGAUGGUUCGUCUGUAUAUUUUGCCUACAGAUUAUGUUUAAAAAGAGACAGAAUAUGUAUAGAUUUAUCUGUAUGCUGACUGUAAAGAAAUAUGCUUGUACAAUUGUCUUGUUUUUCACUCAGUGUAAAAACAAAGAAUCUAAUGUUAUGGUUUUGUGGUUGUACACAGGAUUGUGUUGAGAUAUUAUGCAAAUUGUGCUGUAAAAAAUCAGCUGUUUCCCCCGAGUCUAAAGAAUAAAUAUUAAGAAGAGCUAUAUUACA